AUGAAGUUUUCUUUCGGUCUCGUGUCUUCGCUUUUGCUUUCGGGCGCGCCAAUUGCAUAUGCUGCGGCUUGGAGCUUCGAAGAUGCCACCGUUUCGAUUGCCAGCAAAGGCGCUGGUGUAGGCGGAGCUUCCAAGGACAAACUCAGCGCUACAACGCCCCUCGCGAAGACGGUGUCACUAGGUGCAACCGAUUCCUUGAAGCUCGACCUUACAACCGUUGACGGAAAGACUGCGAAGCGACCACACCAGGCUUUCCUUACCUUGACUGACCCCACAAGUGGGCUGGAGGAGUCUUUUGUGCUCAGUGUCAAGGACAGUGGCAAGGGAAAGGUCUCUUUGGUGGGUAUCACGUCCAAUUGCACAGGCACGAUUAACAACUCGCAGACGCAGAAGGACCUACCCCACCAAUUCCUUACUGCCUCCAAGCCAAUUCCCGCCUCAAUCGUCAUUGGAGCAUUCGGCUCUUCCACCCCCUACAAGCACAAGGUUUUUGAUCUUACCGUAACGCGCGGUGCGAAUGUGCCCCUCGCUAUCCCCGAGGCACCGCUCCGCUACGCUCCUGAAGCCGAGAUCCACCACAUCUUCCGCGAAGACCCCAAGUCACCACCCAAGAUCAUAACCAUUGUCUUUGCCGCAGCCGUUGCUGCCGCACUUCCCAUUCUGCUGGGCCUUUGGGCGACUCUUGGUGCCAACGUCAGCCACCUUAGCAAGGCUCUCGGUGCGGCUCCUGUUUCGCACGCCCUCUUCUACGGUUCGAUCAUCGCCAUGGAGGGUGUUUUCUUUCUCUACUACACGAGCUGGAAUCUGUUCCAGACUCUGCCUGCCGCCGGUCUUGUUGGUGUUGUUGCAUUCUUGAGCGGCAGCCGGGCGCUGUCCGAGGUUCAGGAGCGUCGCUUGGCCGGUCUGAGAUGAUAGAAGAAAGAUAGGUGAGGGGGGACGACUGUUGUCCGUAUAUGCAGCGCGCGAUUUUGGGAUCUACAAAAAGGAGCAGAAGCUCCAAGCACUUGGUGAGCCUCGAUGCAUCGACGUUAACCACGUCACCGGUAGAAGAGAGUGGACGAAAUGAAAUGAGUAUUGCCAUGCGUCACGCGACGACGGUUCUUAACCGUAUGCUUGCCAUGUGCGACCGGACGCGAUUGCCCAUUGUAUGCUGCACGGGCCUCCG